UGUCGAAUGGAUUGGUAUUCUCUUGCCGGCCGGCCUGCCUGUCCACCCUGCUCACACUCUGCCAGAAUCUGCAGCUUGUCUUCCAUUUCCCUCAUCAAACACAACGCAGCAGAGGAGAGCCAGGCCGGGACAAGACAAAGCAGAGAAGCUCUCGUUCUUCUCCUCUCUUCUCCUCUGUCUGCUGCUCAGUUUGGUGGGUUCUGCUCACCAGUCUCCCUCAGACCCUCACAGUAUACAAAGCCCCUCCAUCCUCCCUGCACUUUGAGACCAUUGGACACACUGCACUCUCCCUCCACGCUCAGGCGAGGCAAGCGACCAUGAGGACCAUCAUGGCGAGGAGCCCCCACGAGUCCUCCUUCUCCUUCUCCCGGAGGAACUUCAAGUGGCCGGUCCUUGGCAAGAGCAGCAGCCAUGGCGCCACAGCCGGCGUGGAGGACGGCUCCGCUAAGGGCUCGGAGGCCGACGAAGAGGACGAGGCGGCCAUGGCGUUCUCCUCCAGCUGCCCGUCGUUCCACUCGGAGGACUUCGUGUCCCCGCCGCCACCGCCCAAGCAGCGCGGCAAGAAGGGCCGUACCGCUGUCUCCCGGCUGCGCACGGCGCUGGCCGCGGCCAUCGCCGGCCGGCACCGGCAGGUCGGCCUCGGCGCGCGGCUCACGGGCACGCUCUACGGCCACCGCCGCGGCCACGUCCACCUCGCGUUCCAGGUGGACCCGCGCGCGUGCCCCGCGCUGCUGCUCGAGCUCGCCGCGCCCACGGCGUCGCUGGUGCGCGAGAUGGCGUCCGGCCUCGUGCGCAUCGCGCUCGAGUGCGACCGCGCCAAGGCCGCCUGCGCGCUCCCCAGCGCCGCCUCGGCCGCUUCCAACAGCGGUGGCGCCGGCAGGAAGUUGGUGGAGGAGAAGGUGUGGCGCGCGUACUGCAACGGCAAGGGCUGCGGGUACGCGGUGCGCCGCGAGUGCGGCGCCGCGGACUGGCGGGUGCUGCGCGCGCUGGAGGCCGUGUCCAUGGGCGCCGGCGUCAUACCGGCGGCGUGCGGCGGUGGCGAGGGGGACGUCAUGUACAUGCGCGCGCGCUUCGAGCGCGUCGUCGGCUCCCGCGACUCGGAGGCGUUCUACAUGAUGAACCCGGACAGCAGCACUGGCGGCAAUGGCGGCCCGGAGCUUAGCAUCUACCUCCUUCGAGUUUGAUCGCACGUUCACCUACGCUGCUGCACCAACCACCGUGAUCUUGCGUGCUUUAAGCUGCUGUCAUUUACCUGUGCUAUCUUUCGUGUUUAUGGUGUGGUUGUUGUGAAAAAAAUGAUGUCCGUUUAGACUUUAGACCGCUGCAAAAUGAAACGGAGUGGGAACUUUCCCUUUAGGGCCUUCUUUUUUUUUUCCUGGGAUUUGGCUUGAUGGUUGGCACUUGCCUUAUUGGUCACUAUUCACCUCAACUCUCAGAUCAUAUUGAGGUUGUGAUAGUGAGCUCCAAGAGUUGAGGUGAUGAUGUUGUAAGAUUAAGAGUAUGUAGUAAUGAAAUGAGUAUGUCCUACCGUAAAUUUGUUUUA